UCCGACCUGUUACUUAGCCUCAGUAAGUUAAGAAGUAAGUUCCUAGCCACUGAAAGAAAAAGAAGAAGAAGAAAUAAGUUAGAAGUGUAGCGGAGUUUCCCAUACACGAAUGACACGAAGCAAAUUCGCCACCGACAGCCAUCUCCAACGAAGAAGAAGAAGAAGAAGAAGAUGAUUACACUUUAUGCUUCUAAAUUAAUUCGUCAUAGAUUGUAGAGAGUGCACAAAUUAAAUGUCUUUAAAACCCUAAAAUACGCGCCGCGUUUUUUGGGCAUGGGGGUGAUAAGUGGCUUAACAGUAAUCGCGAUGCAUCUACGUUAAUCUAUAAAGUGUUUCUUACUGUAAUGAAAAGUGCCAGUUGUGAAAAUUGUGUCUCAUUAUGUCUAUCCAGAGUCAUCGUAAGACAUAAGAUUAGCUGCACUGGUGGGUCGAACUGUCAUCGAGGACAAACACACGCUUGCAAUGAAGUGCAACGAAAAGAACAUGAUCGCGUUUGCGACCUCACCUACGCCAGUUGAUCGUGAGGGCUGGUUGAACAAGCGAGGUGAAGUAAACCGUGGCUAUCAGAGGCGCUGGUUCGUUCUCAAAGGCAAUAUUAUGUUCUACUUUGAAAGGCGAGGAGACAAAGAGCCGAUUGGCAUGGUUGUGCUCGAAGGCUGUACCAUCGAGCUGGCUGAGGACGAAGAGCAGUUUGGCUUUAAAAUAGUUUAUCACGGGGUCGGCAACAGAAGCUACCACUUAGCUGCUGAGUCGCAGGAGUCGAUGGAACAGUGGAUGAAAGCCUUGGCUUGUGCAAGUUACGACUACAUGAAAUUAAUGGUAGCUGAGUUGCAGCGACAGUUAGAUGCAGUGGAAGAGGAAGCCAUAGUGGCACCACCCACAGAAGUGCCAAAACCACCUCCUAGGCAGAGGCACAAUCCCUUUAACAGGCCAGAGUCGCAUCAUAGAUCACAAAGUGUCAGGUCAGCACCUGGCCGAACGGAGAACAUACCCAGGACUAAAGUGACCUUCAGGGAAUUGCACAAUAUGUAUGGUAGAAGAAUACUAGCUGACCUCAAUAAGUGGAGACACGAUAACAGGAACUCAGAGGCACCUCUGAUCAUUCUUUGACCAUAGGAUUUACUCAAAUCUAAACUUUUGACAACAUCUCUCUGAGGUGUUGUUAUCAUUUAACUGCCCUUAUUAAUUUAAUAAGAUGUCCUUAUGAAGAUUAAUUUUUAUUUUAGAAUUUUAAAUUAUGCUGUUUAUUUUUUUAUUUGUCAAAAGAGGCUUGACAGGUCUCUUUUUAUCUUAAUCAUGCUACUCUAUUGUGAUCUAUAUAUAAUCUGUUGAUAAUUCGAAGUUAGAGUAUAUCUAUACAUUUGUACAUUGUCUUGCCAAGGUAUUAUGAAUGAUUAAUUCCCCGUAUGGAUCUUUGUCAAGUUUAUUAGUGUUUUAAAAAUCUUUAUUAGUACUGUAAUUAAUGUAACUAAUAAAUAAAUUAACAGCCAGCUGCAUUAAAACAUAAAGAUAAUACAGAAUUAUAAAAAAUACAUGAUUUUGUAUUUUUAAAUCCAAUGCACCUACUUAAACUUUCUUAUUUAUAUUUCAUGCUUGUAAUUUGUGUACAUAUGAUACAGUUUUUAAUUACAUAAACCUCAACAUAACCAACUAUACUCUAAUUAACAUAAAGCUUUGAUUAAUAAAAAAUAAGUGAAUCAUGAUAAAUCAUACAUCAACUUAAGAUUUAUUACAUAGAAAUAAACUCUAUUAUUUAAGUCAGUUUUUGUGUUUAAAUCUUACAUUUCUGUACAUAAAAAUUUUAUCUUCUAAAUCUGCAUUGAAAAAUUUUAUAUCAAAGGAAUUUGAUGCUAUUU